AAUCGCAUCUGCCAAGGAGCAGCCACGCAGGCAUGCCAGGCGCAGGAGGGGACUGUUGCUCUCAGGAUUCCGUGAGGUAGGAGCAGCUUUCUCCACUGAGGAAGAAGGACGAGCGGAAUUUGAAUCUCUGGGGCACACACGUCCUUCCUCCUCUGCCUGUCUGCCUGCCACUCCUCGCCCCUGGGCUUUCUCACAGGGUGAUCAUCCGGGGACCACGUUUGCUGCAGCAGAAAGGUUCAGAACUCUAGGACCACCGUACGACGUGAGCAGAAGGCCGAGGGAGAUGAGCUAGGACGAGAAGAUGGAAGGAGAAAUCUGUCGAAGGAAGCCAUUCACGAGCACAUAGCAUUCUCAAACAGGACAGCAUCUUCGCCCCGGUGCACAAUUGUCAUCACCAUGAGCAUCAGGAGGAAGGAGGGGAGGAGACGAGCAGGUACCACAGCGAGGCAGCAGGGGGUAGAACCAAGGGAACUGACUUACAAUUGUUCCACUUUGAAGUGGUUUCUUUAAGAACAUUGAAAUCGGCCGGAAUCACAAAUUCAGCUCCUCCGAGCUCGGAGAAUCUUUUCUCACCGAACAUUAGUUUCCAGACCACACUUAACAUCACGAAAGAUGCCAUUGCUAACUGCAUAAAUAGCGCGUUCCUGCAAUUCAUGAAGCACGAGGAUCGGUGACCGACCGACUGAACUGACUGACUGACUUGACUGCACUGCCUGAGACUACAUAAAUACAAAAUUGAAGAAUCCGGUGGUGGAAACAGCUCGUGGCCUUGUCCUUGCGGCCACCAGAUUCAAAGCUUUUCUUCUUGGAUCGUUCGUUACUGAGCAGAUCUGGACAGACUGCAACUAGUGAAUAAGGAAUUCCUCAAUGUAAUGAUGAUUUACAAAAGUUAAGAAUGUAUCUCCUAGCAGAUGGGAGAGAUCGGACGGCAAUAUUGAAGCGGAAAGAGCAAACAGAGGGGCAGAGGCAAAGAAGAAAAAACUCCACAACAAUCUCCAGUAGUUACAGUUGCCGGGGAGAUUCGGGGGAAAUCUCAGAGUCACAGGGCACCGACGAGCUGGGGCCCCUGAUAUGUUGAGGCCACGAGUCGAUUCGGAUAUCCCGCGGGGCUUCGCGAUCUACUGCCCGUAGUGAAUUAUUGGUCUCGAAAGGAGGCGAGCCGAACGACUGCAUUUCCAGGUCUUCCUCGUCCAACCUGCUGCUCGCGGUCCGCUGAGAGUAAGCCUUGUUGAAAGAAUAGGCCCUGGUGAGGGAUUGGUUCCUCGUCAGGCUGUGCACUUUGUUGAAAGAUUGAACCCUGGUGAGCGACGACACCCUCGGCAGAUCCUCCACGCUCAGAUGGUAGCCCCUCAAUUUGCCGAACGCCGGCACGUCCACGAAAUCCUUGUCCCUCUCCCGCACGGGCUCCCCGAAUUCCGAGUCCGACUUGCGCGACUCGCUCUUGUGGGACGACGAUCUCCUCGACGACGUCUUCUUGUUCAGCCUGGCGCUCCCGAGCACGACCUCCGUGGGCAGAAUCAGCUGCCCAUCGCUGUUCGGAGUGCCCAGCAUCAGCGCCAGCGCGCGCUCCAGCGACGUGGUCACCUUCUCCUUCGACGGCCUGUCCUUGCCCCGCAUCCUCACGCACUGCGCGGCCACCUUGGCCAGCUUGUCCAGAGCGUCGAGGUCGCGAGGAUCCUCGAUCCGGUUGUCGAGAAUCGUUCUCGUGAGCCCAGCUUUGAUCAGCGGCACGGCCCACUCCACGAUGUUGCCCUGAGGUUGUAGGUGUCAAGCACGUUGUUCUCUCUUGGCAAUGUGUCAUUCGCAAGCUGAGAUCUAUUGUGACUUUCACCGUUGCAGAUUCCAACAAAUCGUGCCGGCCUGAUAGAAUACAGAUCACAUCCCUUUUGGCAACUUAAGUACUGUCCUUCCCACGAAACGGACAGGACUCCACGCUGCGGUAGCUGCGAUCGUAUACAGCCUCGGGACCAGACCUACGUCGACUUAGAUGAUGGGCGCAAACUCUGUUUGGAAUGCCUGGACUCGGUAAUAAUGGAUACGAAGGAAUGCCAGCCCUUGUACUACAAUGUUUUAAAGUUUUACAAACACCUGGGCAUGAAUAUUGAGCAGGAGAUUCCAAUGCUUUUGGUGGAAAGACAGGCCCUAAACGCUGCCAGAGAAGGCGAAAGAGAUGGACAUCGUCAUACUCCUGAAACAAGAGGCUUGUGUCUAUCUGAAGAGCAGAUUAUCACCUCUGUUUACAGAAAGCCAUCUAAAGUUAGAGGGACCAAACCUUUUAUGGUGCGAACAGAAUCGCAGAAAUUGAUGCGACAUUGUGAAGUCACCGCGAUUCUUGUUCUCUACGGCCUUCCCCGGUUGCUCACGGGUUCAAUUCUUGCACAUGAGUUGAUGCAUGCAUGGUUGCGGCUCGAUGGACGUUUCCCGACCCUUGCAAGUGAGGUUGAAGAGGGCAUCUGUCAAGUCAUGGCGCAUAUGUGGCUGCUUGCUCAAACAGGCUUUUCUAGUUCUUCCACUUCAGAUGACCUGAAGAGGGGAAACCAGGUCGACCAGCUCCGACUUGGGGAGUUUUUUAGGCACCAGAUCGCACAUGAUCCAUCUCCAGUAUACGGAGGGGGUUUCAGGGCGGGCCAGAUUGCUGUUGGACGUUAUGGUCUUCCACAGACUCUUGAGCACAUGAAGAUGACCGGUACGUUUCCUCUCUGAAAGUGAUAUCAGCUGACAACAGGUGCUACAGUGGCCUAUGCUGCAAGUGUCGACACGAUCGAGAAGUCUUGGCGUUGUACUACAUUUGACACUUCAACGAGCACUGCACCGAGCUGUAUAUUCGCAUUUCUCGGGCACUUGGCGAACACUACCACUUGUAGUCAAAUGAUUCUACAUUUAUCAAAGUAAGCUUCGAAGUUUCCAAUCUUAAACACAAUCAAUCAAUCCAGAUAUUUCCACCGGACUCCCGGACUGGUGGUACCCUCAAAUAAAAAUCAGGGGACCUCCUGGUCAGCCGCCCUAAGGUGAGCUGGCCACAUCAGUUUUAUUGUAACUGCCUAAUGUACAUACUUCUCAAUUGAAGCCCGACUUUCCCUCAACAGACGUUGAGGGACACGGGAAAGAUGUGAGAAUUAGUAUAGUAAUAAUAUAUAAAAAUAUAUGUAUAUGUCGUCUCCAUCACUGAAGACUGUAGUAGUACGAAAAAGGACAUCAUAGAAAUUAGUAUUUACAAAUAACAUCUUGGUGGCCGGAAAUUGGUUCAGAAGUGUACCUUGCUGAAGAUUUGUAUGUGUGAAAAUCCCUGCAUUGUAGGUAGUAGACGUCAGGAAGAUCCUCGGUUCUGCCAGGCCCUCUGGUUCACACAUUUCUAAACGAACUGAAAACGAAAUCGACAAAUCUUUUCAGCUGUUGAACUG